CACCAGUUAAUUGCCAGAAGCAGUAGGUGUGUUUGAGCAGGGAAAUCUCGCUGAUGUCUCGCCCCUGGCCCUCCAGGACCGUAACCCUGGCAUAGAGGAUACCAUACCCUGAUGUUUCGCGAUCCUUAUAGCACUGGGCUAAUUCCAUGAACGCCUCUCAUACUGCGGUAUAGAGCUCAUGCGCCCAGGCAGGUUCUGCAAAUUGCGACCCCAGUCUCACAGUCCAGAGCCCCCCUACGGUCAUUACCACUGCGGGUAGCAAUCCGAUUCUGAGCGUGUCCUUCGCUGGAGUCCAGAAUCCCUUAAUAGAGUGGUCUGCGGGCGCAUUUCCUAUCGUGACCUGGGUUGUGAGCCCCAGUCCCCCAGACAUCGCCCCUAAUUACGCGAACGUCGUGUCGCUGAUGCCCAAUGGCUCGCUUGUCUUCAGCAACGUGCAGCAAAACUACAGUGCCACUUACACAGUGAUCAUCACGAAGACUGGUUUUUUACCGAAGACCGCUAGUAUCACUCUGCAAGUACUUGCCCAGCCGGUGUGCUCGGUUCAGAGCACAAACACAAAUCUGAAUUACACCUGUCAGACGCCAGGAGACAUCAAUUCAUUGCUGUCCUUCCAACAACUGAACAAUACCUUCUCUACGAAUGGGAGCUUAAGCCUUGUAGUUCCAGCAACUGAUGCUCUCAAUGGAAUGCAAAUCAUUUGCAUGGCUAAUCAAAUGAACAUCACGCAAACCUGCAGCGUGACGGCUAGCCUGGGACUGAGCAGGGCGGCCAUCUUGGGCCUUGCUAUCGGAAUCCCCUGCGGUUUCCUCCUCCUCCUGCUCCUCAUCGCUCUCAUCAUCCUCUGUGUCGUCUGCUGCAGACGGAGACGCCAACAGCCUAAGUAUCCUGCCCCCAGCUCUAAGAAGGAAACAUCUGAGCGACAUUUACCCCUCCCCUCCACAGGGACGAAUUCCCCGGUCCGGAUGGCGACAACAGUUUAAAGAAGAAAAACUGUACUAUGUUGCACUGCUAUUUUGAUGUUUUUAUAUUAAGAGAUUAUAUUUAAUAUUAUGGUGUUUUGUUCUUUCUAUGGUAAUUACUUAUAUUCUUGUAUGUAAAAAAAUAAACACCUCAGCAUAUUUAA